UUUCGUCCUGUACCUUCCCGAUUCCACACACAUAGCACACAAUACAGAAUGUCUCCUACAGCAACAACAGAACUCGGCCCUGCCAGCGGGCCUGAUGCCACUCUCAAGCCAGAGGAAACUCCCACUCACAAGGCUCCUCGCCAGCACCCAUCACACGAAGAGUACCAAUAUCUCGACCUGAUCCGCGACAUUCUCGAAUCAGGAGAACAUCGUCCUGACAGGACUGGCACUGGCACUUUUUCCAUCUUCGCCCCCAACCAACUACGCUUCAGACUCUCCGACAAGAACACUGGAAAGCUGAUCCUCCCUCUGCUCACCACAAAACGCGUCUUCCUUCGCGCCGUCAUCGCCGAACUGCUCUGGUUUGUCGCCGGUACUACAACGUCAGACCCCUUGACCGAGCAAGGCAUCAAAAUCUGGGAUGGUAACGGUUCACGCGAGUACCUCGACUCAGUCGGUCUCUCACACCGUGAAGUUGGUGACCUCGGCCCCGUCUAUGGUUUCCAAUGGCGUCACUUUGGUGCAGAAUAUAAAGAUGCAAAGACAGAUUACACAGGCCAAGGCGUUGACCAACUUGCCGAAGUCGUGCACAAGUUGAAGCACAACCCAUACGACCGCCGCAUCAUCCUUUCCGCCUGGAACCCUGCAGAUCUGAAGAAGAUGGCUCUACCGCCAUGCCACAUGUUCGCCCAAUUCUACGUCUCGUUCCCCAAGGAUGCACCUACCAAGGCAGAUGGCUCGAAGCAAGGAACUCUACACUCUAUCUUGUACCAAAGGUCUUGCGACAUGGGUCUAGGUGUACCUUUCAACAUCGCAAGUUACGCCUUGCUCACACACAUGUUGGCAAAGGUGUGCGACUUGAUCCCCGGCACAUUUACGCAUACCAUGGGCGAUGCACACGUCUACUGCGAUCACGUCGAUGCACUGAAAUUGCAAAUUGAGCGUGUGCCUAAGGACUUCCCCGAGCUCGUCAUUGAGAAGCCCGACACCGAUAUUUCAAUUGACGGGUGGAAGGUGGAAGACUUCAAGGUUUUGGGCUAUGAACCCCACAAGGGCAUUGCUAUGAAGAUGUCUGUAUAAUGAAUCUGUCGUUUUGGGAUGGACAAGGAGGGAACACACAUCUGGCGUUUCCGAAUGCAAGAGCCAAAUUACUGUAACAUAUUUGUUUCAACAUCACUCCCGAAUCGUGCUAUUCGUGAUCUUUUUCGCGUGCUGUACUCGCGUUUUUGUAAAGUCUUUUUCCCCCGUGAUUUAGGCGAGGAAUCGACAACAACUGUAUAUUAUAAGUUUUACAACGGAUAGUUUUUUACAAAGCGUCGAUAGAUCUAGACAUUAAGAUACGCUCUAUCUUACUAGCUAAU